GUCCCCAGGCACAACGUCAUCGUCGCCGCUGAAGACAACCAAUUUCAAGAUCCAUUAACUGCCUUGCGCGUCUCCACUGUGGCAAUCUGUCCUUCGGCGCAUACUAUCUCCAGAACAUCUAUGGAACCAAGCGGCCUCGUCUUUUUUAUUUAAGCUAUUUUAUAUAUGUUAUAACCCUCGCAAUGGCUGAUGUAACUCCUCGGCGGUCAACUCGCCUGCAAGGCAAAUCUACACUUUCACGUUCAACGUCCAGCACAAGUGGCAACUCCUCAGCAGACCCAACGCCGCCGGGCUCGAGCUCAUCGGACACCCCAAUGCCGUCAACAAGCACAGAGUCCUACCCAAUGGCAACAUCCAAAGACUCGCCAUACCUUCCCACAUACGCAGAGUCGAUCCUGCUCCUCGUGUACCCGACAACCCUCCUCCUCGGCUCUAUAUUUGGUCUCCUCGACCCCGCCACCCGUGCCUCUCCUUACAUUGAAACGCACCAGUCCCACGACCAGGACCUAGCACCCUCAUACUUUGCGAAGAAGAGCAACCUCGUCAACAUCCUCUUCGUUAAGAGGGGCUGGUUCUGGGUGACGAUGUCAUACUUUCUCUUCCUCUUCACAAACGCCGCGAUAGGGGCGCGAGGAAGCGACGCGCUGUUGAGGAAGAGGAUACAGGGGACGUUGAGGUGGGGCAUAGUGACCCUCUGGUGGGUGUGCGUGACGCAGUGGUUUUUCGGGCCGGCGAUCAUCGAUAGGGGGUUUUUACUCACCGGCGGCGCGUGUGAGUUGAAGGAUAGAAUUGAAAGUGGCGAUACGGAGGCAGAUAUCACGGAGAGAUUUUUCACUUCUAUGGCCUGUAAAGCGCAUGGCGGAAAAUGGAGCGGGGGGCAUGAUAUAAGUGGGCACGUAUUUUUGUUGGUCUUGGGGAGCAUGUUCUUGUUCCAAGAGGUUCUGCAUGUGGCGUUGAGAGCUGCGAGGGGUAGAGAGGAGCGUGUGGUGCUUCUUCAGAACGGGGAAAUCAAGGGCGCUGAUAGUGAAUCGGGGGCUGAGAGGGCGGAUACGCAGAAUGUCAUUACUGCGAGCCCGUGGGAUUUCGGGGUAAAGAUCGCGCUGGGAGUUGGGGCGCUGAGUAUAUGGAUGCUGCUCAUGACAGCAGCAUACUUCCACACUUGGUUUGAAAAGCUUACCGGGCUUGUAGUCGCCUUCUCUGGCGUCUUUGUAGUGUACUUUCUGCCACGAUUUGUACCAUCAUGGCGAGCCAUCAUAGGCAUGCCAGGCGUAUAGUUUAUGUAUAAUAUGAUUUAAUUUCAAUUCGCUGAAAACAUA